AUGCCCAGCAUCUGGACCCUUACCAUCCACACUCGCAUUCAUCAACAAGUCCACCCCGUCUACACCCACUUCCCCGUCCCCAACCCCGGCUGCGGAUCCUACUUUGGCAAGCUCCACUUCGCCGGCUACCACCUUGGAGAAAUCUCCUCCUACAACGGCAUCCCCUUCUUCUCCGAAGACGGCCAAGCAUGGAUCCGUUCUCGUACCGGCCAACAGGCCUCCUUCCCGGCCAUAUGGGGUGACAUUCCCCCUUGGCAGACGCGGCCCAGCGCCGAUUCGGGUCUUCUCUGCAAGGUGGCAGAAAAGCCCAUCGAGCAGAUCGAACUCCCUGAUCGCAAAAUCGUCGAGCAAUAUCUCUCCUUCUUUAUAAGUUCCGAAUUCCGGCUGGCGUUUCCGCUGGUUGACCCGGUCCUGUUCAAACAGACGUUGGAUUUGGCUUAUGCACAUGGGCAAGGGGACAGGAAUGGGUUGGGUUUUGAGCAGAUCACCGCCAAGGCGUGCGUGUUUGCUUUCCUGUCGGUCCUUUCGCUGCUGGAGGUCGAGAGGACGCAGAGGUACCCGGAUAUCCCCAACAUUGACACGGAUAUGAUGGCUGCCAAGGCGCAGAUGCUUUUGCCGCUAACAAUCCAGGCGCUGGAUAUCACCAGUCUGCAAGCGUCUUUUAUGCUCUGUUUGUACCAGCUCUUCUUGGGACAGGUCCAAUCAUCAGCUAUGCUUUUGGCGCUCGCUUGUCGGAUCAUGUUCAUGCUGGGCGGACAUAAACUGUCUAAUGCUUCCUGGCUACCAACUCCAGGCUCUAGUUCAGGGAGUGGGACGACCACACCGGCUUCGGCCCCCAUUGAUCUCGGAGACCGUAAACGCCGUCACCUCCGCAGGCUCUUCUGGCUCUGCUACAGCGUCGACACGGAUAUUUCUCUCCGAACAGGCCAACCCCCUUCGAUCGACGACGACCAUUGCGACCUCUCCUUACCGCCAGGCUACCUCGAAAUCCAAUUUCUCGACCGUCGCGAGCUGGAAACCCUCAAGGAACGGCACUUUUCAUCCUUAAACUCCCACCCCAACUCUUACCCCAUCAUGCCUUCCCCUUCCCCCUAUCCCUAUAACCAAGGAGCAGGACCAUUCGGUUCUAAUAAUCCCUUCAAAGCCCCCGGUGGUGCUCCUCCCACAGCCAUGACAUCAGCAGCCCAAGGACAUGGACAUGGAUUCGGAUAUCCCUCCUCUGAAUUCCCCUACCUCGGACUAGACGAGACCUCCGUUCCCGCUUUACCAGGCGACCUCCGCCUGACGCUCAUCAAAUCCAAGACCUGCAAACUUCUGUACUCCGCCUCCGCCCUGCGCAAGUCCGAUGCCGAGUUGCUGCGAGACAUUCGCGAGCUAGACGACGAGCUGGAAAGGUGGCGGCUAUCAGUGCCGGAAUGGUAUCGGCCUGCGUUGUCGCUAUCUAGGACUUCACGUGAGGCUCCUCCUCCUCCUCCUCCUCCUCUGCGCGGCGGGGAUGAAACAGGUACAUGGUCAUCUCAUGGAUCUGGACGUGCCUCUGAGCUAGAUGAACGGGGACAGGGACAGGGGGGAUACGGACAAAGUCAGCAGAAGGGCCACGGAAAGAGUCAAGGUUACGACCUUAGCACCAUGUCGGCAGGCGAAAGCGUUCGCACCAUCAUUAUCAACCUGCAGUACCACCACCUGGUGGCCACCAUUCAUCAAGCGACUGGUCGCUGUAGAGCGUGGCAGAACCGGAGCUCGGUGCUAGAGGAAAGCAGCAUGGGCGCCGCGAGGACGGGGGAGAUGCUGAUGGAGGGCGUCAGCUCGAGUUUGGCGCUCAGUGUAGAAGCCAGUCGAUCGACACUUAUUUACUUGCGCUCAGUAACGCGCGCACUGCUGGGAGAAGCGUUCUGGGUCAUAAUCCUCUACCCAAUGUCCGCAGUCAUGACCAUCUUCUGCUCUAUCCUACUUAACCCGCUCGAUCCCCAGGCCGAAGACGAUCUAAGACUACUUGAAACUGCUCCAGAUUUGAUCAAGGGGAUACGUAUCCGUCGAUUGACGCAUACGGAGCUGUUGCACUUGAAGACGGUGGAUGAGUUCAUGGGGGAGUUGAUGAGGUUGGGUGGGUGUGCGAUUCGACGGGCCAAGGAGGAGGAGAGGGAGAGGGAGAUGAGGGAUCUGGAGCGAAGGAGGAUGGGGGGGUUGGGGUCUGGGGGGUAGAGGGUGCCGGAGUUGUUGUGAGAGGGGUGAGGGUAGUGGGGGGGGUAAGACGCCGAAGCGGGUGGCGAUGGGGAGUGCUUCAUGGGGGGUGUUGGAUGGAAUACCUAGGGACUGUGAAACGGCUCCCUGAAUCAUGUGUGUCUGUGUAUGAGAAGUGAUCGUGGAUAUAUAGGGGGCG